AUGACAGUUCCCCUGCGCAAAGCUUGCCACGCUUGCAGAAAAGCCAAACGCCCUUGUCGUGCGGAACUCCCCAAAUGUCCCAGAUGUCGAGAGAAGGGCAUCGGAUGCACGUAUGACCUCGAGCCAGUCACCAAUACGAGCGGCCCUGACAUCUUUCGACCCCCGCUAGUCCGGGAGCCUUUUCCACCCGUUGUAUUCGAUUCGAUACAAGCAGCUCACGCCGAUGCCGUCAAGAACUAUACCCCUCGCGGCCUGGACCCGAACUACAGAUUCCCAGCCCUUUCAACUCCAGAGACGUUCGCAUUGGCCUUUGCUCAGCUCAAUGAGAUACCGCUAGCGACGUUCCAGCACCGUACUACUCCGUUUCUGCACGCUCAGAUAUCACGCUUGGCUUCCGGUGAUUCGACAGACCCCACGGAUGGCCAAGUCAGUGCAGACGCACUGUUCACUUUCAUGGAAACGAAGCAGGGCAAAUUACUGUCCCUUGACCUCCGGCAAACUGCUUUCUCCCAGUUCCUAGCAGCCUUCCAUGAACUUAUGGCGAUACUGCUGGCAUCGACGUUGAGCAAGGCCCGCGGGGGCCCCGAGGUUUCUUGUUUCCAAAACCUGCGCGACCUCUUCCGGAAAUGGACACAGCAUUUCCACUCCCAUCUUCCACGAACGCUCCAAGGCCACCUCUCACCAUGGCAAGCCUGGACAUUGGCAGAAACCACACGACGGACCAUCAUCUGGGUGAUCAUGGUCGAAGUCGUCCUGGAGAUGGUCUAUCGAGGGUACUUCAUCUACCGGCCCUUGAUCGAGUCUCUACCCUUCGACGCCAGGACCGGUGUGUGGGAAGCCGACACAGAAGAAGAGUGGGAGGCUGCCAUCUCUGCACACGGCGGCGACGAAUGCAGCCUCAUCUCGUGGCACGAAUUCAUCGAAAGCGGGGGGCCUGAACCUCGCAAAGAGUACGACGGGAUGCUCCAACGACUGCUGCUUGUAGGUCAUUUCAACAAAGCUGCUGCUGCUGCUGCUGCUGCUGCCGCCGCCGCCGCGAGCCAAAAAGGAGACCAAGAAGCGUUGAACGAAGAGGGGAUAGAUCCUAUCAUGUAG